AUGGAGGCACCGUCAAGCGCGCCGGCUGCAGAACCGCAGUUUCUCGCCAGCGGCACCGGGACCGAACCGGCCCAGCCCUCCGCAACAGGAGACGGUCCAUCCACGAGCAAAGCGCAGCUGAUUCUCACUCUGGGAAGAGUGAAGACCCUGAUCAAAGAGGACGCUGAUGUCAAGUUUGUUUCCUCAGAAGCUUACUUCGCGAUUGCCAAGGCGACAGAGCUGCUUCUAGAAGCCAUGACGGAACGUGCUGCUCAGCCAAUGCUCCAGUCUGGACGGAGCCAAUUGGGGUAUGGCGAUGUCGCCCAGGCGGUCUCCAGCUGGCAGUCGCUGGACUUCCUCGGGGACGUUAUCCCGCACAAGAUCCCCGCCGGCGUCGUGCUACAGAAGAUGCUGGCCGCCAAGGCUGCUGCCGCCGUGGCAUAG